GUGACAAUGACAGGCGUCUGACACUUUUGACAGCACAGUGAUUGAGCAAGAAAAUCUAACCUAAAUUAUUCCCGAAACAAAAAAGGUAACUGGUCUUGAUUAAACGUAAAACAAUUUGAGCAAAAUCUCACUAAUUUUUAGUUUAAUAUCUGGCCCAAGAUGACUGCCGAUAAAAAAACUGAAAGUGUUAAGGUCGAAAGCAAACCUCUUGCUGAUGAUAAAAACAAAAACGACCUGUCUGAUGAAGAUAAGCAGCUCCAAGAUGAACUCAAUCUGUGCAUCGAGAAGCUUUUGGAAAGUGAUGACAACUUAUACUUGCCUGCUCUGGUAGCAUUGAGCAACCAUAUAAGAGCUUCUACAACAUCUAUGACAUCAGUUCCGAAACCACUCAAAUUCAUGAAACCACACUAUCAAACAAUGAAAGAUAUAUAUGAAAAAAUCAAAUCCUUAAGUGUGAAGGCAGUCUGUGCUGAUAUUAUUUCAGUAUUAGCAAUGACCAUGGGGGAAAACAGAGACUGCUUGCAAUAUCGACUUCUGAGUGACAUAGAUGACAUUGGGGAAUGGGGACAUGAAUAUGUGAGACAUCUCUCAGGAGAAAUAGCUGCAGAAUGGACGGAGUUAGAUUUAUUUAACAAUCCUAAACUGAAGGAAAAACUAGUCCAACUGGCAGAACAGAUAGUCCCAUACAACAUGGCACACAAUGCCGAAGCUGAAGCCUGUGACUUACUUAUGGAGCUUGAAAGGCUGGACAUACUUGAUGAACAUGUGGAUGAGAAUAAUUACAGUAGGGUCUGCCUUUACUUAACAAGUUGUGUUCCAUAUGUUGCUGAUCCUGAAAACACCUCAUUGCUUCAUACAGCUCUAGUUGUGUUCAGAAAAUUCAAACAGUACCCACAUGCACUCAGAGUGGCAAUGCAAUUAAAUGAUCAGGCUCUCAUGGAAGAUAUCUUUCUAUCAUGCCCUGAUACCUCAAUGCAAAAACAGUUGGCAUUCAUGUUAGGAAGACAGCAAAUCUACAUUGAAAUUCCUGAAAGCACUCCUGAAUAUGAAGACCUUAUUGAGAUUAUGGCAAAUUGCCACUUGAAUAACCACUUCUUGAAUUUAGCUAGAGAGCUUGACAUUAUGGACCCGAAAACCCCAGAGGAUGUCUACAAAUCCCACUUGGAGAAUACCCGGCCCCAGUUUGGUGGUAGUCAUGUAGACUCUGCGAGGCAAAACCUUGCCGCUAGCUUUGUGAACGGUUUCGUAAACGCGGGCUUUGGACAGGACAAAUUGCUGAUGGAGGACGGCAACAAGUGGUUGUACAAGAAUAAGGAGCAUGGGAUGUUGAGCGCUACUGCUUCAUUAGGUUUGGUACUUUUAUGGGAUGUCGACGGAGGCCUAGUACCCAUCGACAAAUACUUGUAUUCAUCAGAAGAUCACAUCAAGUCAGGAGCACUGCUGGCCUGUGGAAUCGUGAACUGUGGUGUCAGAAAUGAGUGUGAUCCAGCCUUAGCUUUGCUAAGCGACUAUGUCCUUCACAACACCAAUAUCAUGAGAAUCGGAGCUAUCGUGGGACUGGGCCUAGCCUAUGUUGGUUCUAACAGGGAGGCAGUUCUCAGUCUCUUAUUCCCCGUAUUCAGCGAUCCUAAAUCCAACAUGGAGGUGAUAGGGAUGACUGCUCUGGCAUGCGGUAUGAUCUCAGUUGGUUCAGGAAAUCCCCAGGUGACAAUGGCGAUAAUGCAGACCCUCAUGGAAAAGUCGGACACCGAAUUGAAGGACACCUACGCUCGAUUUUUGCCUUUGGGACUGGGGCUGUGUCACCUGGGAAAACAGGAUGGCAUUGAUGCUAUCAUUGCUGCGUUAGAGGUAAUUCCUGAACCGUUCAAGUCAAUGGCUACGACAAUGGUGGAUGUUUGCGCAUACGCGGGCACAGGCAACGUGCUGAAGGUUCAACAUCUGUUGCAUAUCUGUUCAGAACAUUAUGAACCCAGUGAGAGUACCGAUAAAAACUCCAAAGAUAAGAAAGAAACGAAGGAUGAUAAGGAUCUUUCCGCGAGACAGGCUAUUGCGGUAUUAGGCAUUGCCUUGAUCAGUAUGGGUGAAGAUAUAGGUAGUGAAAUGGUAUUCAGAACGUUUGGUCAUCUUCUACGUUACUGUGAGCCAAUGAUUCGAAGGGCAGUGCCUCUAGCUCUAGGUCUCAUCUCGGUAUCAAAUCCAAAAUUGAAUAUAUUGGACACGUUGAGCAAGUUUUCUCACGAUAGCGAUGCUGAAGUGGCACAUAACGCCAUCUUUGCUAUGGGACUGGUCGGAGCAGGUACAAACAACGCCAGAUUAGCUGCCAUGUUACGCCAACUAGCCCAGUACCAUGCAAAGGAUCCAAACAACUUAUUCAUGGUCCGUAUUGCUCAAGGACUCACCCAUUUGGGUAAAGGUACCCUCACUUUGAGUCCAUAUCAUAACGACAGACAACUGAUGAGCCCUGUGGCCGUUGCUGGACUUUUGGCUACACUUGUUGGUUUUCUAGAUGUCAAGAACAUUAUUUUGGGUCGUUCUCAUUACCUGUUGUACACGUUAGCGGCAGCCAUGCAACCAAGGAUGUUGGUGACAUUCGAUGAAGAUCUCAACCCCCUUCCUGUACCAGUUCGAGUUGGUUUGGCUGUUGAUGUGGUGGGCCAGGCGGGAAAACCAAAAACUAUCACAGGCUUCCAGACGCAUACUACACCCGUACUACUUGCUUUUGGAGAACGAGCAGAAUUAGCAACUGAAGAAUAUAUUGCACUUACACCAAUCAUGGAAGGUUUUGUUAUUCUAAGGAAGAAUCCAGAUUUUAAUUCCUAAACUUACUGAAUAGGUUAUAAGUUCAUAUUACUUUUUUUGUAUUGCUCCACAGUAUAAUAACACCGAUUUCUUCAAGAACUGAAAUACAUUAAUUUAGUCAUA